AUAUUCGCCUUGAAGAUAGUACUGAAUUCCCAAGAAACAGUAAAAAGUUAAAGCUUUUCAAAAACGUAGAUAAAAUGAUACCAGAUAGAGUAAUUUUUAGUUAUUUGCAAGAAUGACAAAUACAAAGAUCAUAAUGAGCCAAGGUUCCCGCGUCCUUCCUCACUGUGUCGCCAUUGUGGCCCUCGCACCACACCUGGGCGAUGCAUACAUGCCAAUCAUCGGUAUUGUGUCGCAGCCUGUGCAUAUUAUCGAUGCUGAUGAUGGCGUUGCUGGGUCAAUGAGACAUGGCACACCAACUCUGUCUUCGGGUUCCGAAGAAGGCACCGUCGCUUCUACUAUGUCACCCAGAGAUGGCGUGAUUGAAAAUGCCAGAGGUAGCAGGACAUCCUACAUAGCCGCGUCCUAUGUCAAGUGGCUGGAGGCAGCGGGGGCGCGGCCGGUGCCCAUUUUGUACGACUGGCCGAAGGAGACACUGGAUGUAGUUCUCCCGCAACUAAGUGGAAUCCUCUUCGCCGGUGGCGGCGCUGACAUUGACCCGAUUCGGAGUGAGUACGGACGUGCGUCUCUGCGCAUAUUCGAGCACGCGAAGCAACAUCGUUUGCCGCUGUGGGGAACCUGUUUGGGUUUUGAACAGCUCCUCAGCUACAGCGGGCUCAAAAGUGGAGAUACUUCCGACACUUUGAUUCCGUUAAUACAAGUGGAUGCCGAGAAACUACUGCUGCCGUUGUCGCUUGCAAGUGAGGCAGCGACAACCCCUGUCUGGACUUCGCUGCCGAAGCACGCACAGGAGACGCUGAUGACAAAGCCAGUCACGGUAAACAUGCAUGUGAAGGGAGUCGCCAUUCCUGCUCCUGGUGCAAGAAGGACUGGAGAGUCACACGAAGCGGAGGAGCAAGGGGCGGCGAAAACUGGAGUAGAUGAAUCCUCUAAUGCAGUCGAGCCACUUUCUUCAUCAGAUGCUGUAUCUGUAAGCGUCUCUACCACCUCACGAACAGCGUCCGACUUUCUGCAUGAUUUUUGGCAUGUUGUUGCAACUGGUCAAGAUCGUAAGAAUACGAGUUUCGUCGCUAUGGCAGAAGCGAAGGAGUUCCCCUUUGUCGCGGUGCAAUUCCAUCCAGAAAAAAACCUGUUCGAGUACUUUGAGCCGUAUGACAAAGGUAAUUUCGAAUUGCGUGGUGUGCAUCACACGGCGGAAGCCUUUGCGAGUAUGGCGUCACUGGCGCGGUAUUUCGUCGAUAAUGUAGUAAAAUCCCGAUUUCCAAGUGGUGUCCGGAUGCGGGAAGAGGUUUAUGUAAGCAAGUUGGCUUUUUGGCUCUUUAGUGCCAGUGCGAGUGCAGUGCCGCGCCACGGAAUCAUGCAGGAGUACUUUUUUGAUGCAAAAACUUUGGCUUUCGAGAGCAACAAGGAAUCCUCUUCGGGAGGGGCGAAGAUGGAGCAAAACUCGGAAGGGAAUGGAGACGAAAACAAAGAGAUACAUGAGUGA